AUGUACUCCAUGGUGGAAUGCUACGGCGACAUGGGGCAAAUCGGGCAAGAUUAUGGCUCAAAGAAUGCGCCGACAGACAACUCGAAUCUGGACCUUGUCACCAAGGUGAUGGCCUGCCACACGCGCUAUCUGGACCACUUUCUGAAAACGCAGAACUUCGUGAUGCAGUCCGAUGGCCCGCUGCCCUACGAUUACAGGAACUACAUUGCAAUUAUGGCUGCUGCCCGGCAUAAGUGCACGUACCUGGUGAACCAGUACGAGGAGGUAUUUCUAGCGAACGGUGGCAACCCGAGCUGGCUGAACGGGUUCGAGCACAUCCCACCCAAAUUGCGUGCCAUCUCGGACAUCAACAAAAUUCUUGCCCACCGACCGUGGCUUCUCAACAAGGAACACAUUGAGCGGCUCACGAAAGGACAAAACAGCUGGUCUCUGUCGGAAGCGGUGCACGCGAUCGUGCUGCUAGCCCACUUCCAUUCGCUGUCCUCGUUCGUGUUCUCCUGCGGGUUGACGCAGGAGCUAGACGGUGCUAGUCAUAAAAUCGAAAACAACAACGUUCUCACCCAGAAGACUGCUUUCAAUCGUCUGAAUGAUCUGUACAAUUCUCAUCAUCCUGAAAACAUCCCAAAUGGUGACGAUGGCAAUAUCCGUCCGGAGGUGACCGUCGAUGCACUGAUGCAGCGCAUGAAGCGGCUGUCGGAGAAGAACGACGAGUGCAGCGAAACGGAGCUCAGCAAUCGGUUCAAGCACGUAGAGCAACAGGCGGCUGAGCUGCCACCGGUCAUCCGGGAGGCUGCGGCCGAGGUACCACAACAAAUAGGCCGCUACGUUGACGAUCCUAGCUUCACAUAUCAGGACUUUGCGCGUCGCGGUGCGGAAAACAUUCCGCAAACGUUCCGGAUACAGGACUACUCCUGGGACGAUCACGGCUACUCGCUAGUGAACAGGCUGUACAACGAUGUCGGAUUCUAUCUGGACGAUAAAUUCCGGGCGGCUUACAACCUCACGUACUAUACGAUCGCCGGUCGUACGAACGUCGACACGUCCAAGUUUCGCCGUGCCAUCUGGAACUACAUCCAGUGCAUCUACGGCAUUCGCCACGACGAUUACGACUACGGUGAGGUGAACCAGCUGCUCGACCGGUCGCUUAAGAUGUUCAUCAAGACGGCCUGUUGCUUUCCGGAGCGAAUCACCAAGAUGGACUACGACAGCGUACUCGUGGAGCUGCAGCACAGUGAAAAGGUUCACAUCAAUCUUAUGAUCUUGGAGGCCCGCAACCAGGCGGAGCUCUUGUAUGCCUUACGCGAAGUUAUGCGAUACAUGACAUGAUUACCACCGCCAGGACGAUGACGUUGGCCAGUUUGCGAGCUGUCUGCAUCUGUCAAGUAAUGGAGCACGUGUGAUCGAGGGAACCGAGGAAUGUCAGAAAAGAUGGACAAGAACUGCGUGAUAUAGAAUGAUAAAUUGAAAUGAGAUGGAGUGCGAUUUGGGUAGCGUUAAGAAGAAGAGUUUUUUUUAACGCAGGAGUAUUUGUGAACAUAAAGUUGUUUCUGUUGUGUUAUUGUUGUUGACUAUUUUAAACACCCGUCACGUUAUUGCAUGGAUGAAACGACACGAGUGAUAAGAUUUGAGGCGACCGCGAAUAGGGCUGGAAUGAGCAAACGAUACCGGAGCCUUGGCCGGACCGGCGUGAUGUGCAAGCAAAUUGAAUAUUUAGAUGGGUGAUAAUAAUAUAUAAACAUAUACUACAUAUACAUAAUACGUGGCUCCUCGUUCGAAAUGCGCAUGAAUACCACACAAUGCGAAAAACGUACUGUUCGAAGAGGAAGAGGAUUAAUGUUCAAAUACAUCUUCCAGAUCAGGGAAAAAUAGUCAGAUAAAAUCACAUUGACGCAAAAGCGUACAAUCCAGAACGGGUGCAAUCAUUCAACGAAUAGAGCACGAAAAGCGUACAGCUAUAAAACGAAGUAAUGAUAGUUAGAGCUCUAUCGAUUUUCAUCCAAGACAUCGGUACGAUGCCUAUCGUUUGGAUGAGAACUAUUUUGUAAUUUUAUAUUUCCAUUUGACAAAGCACGAAAAAGUAAUCACGCGUGAAACGGAUUCAAACACGAGCAUAACUUACUACAAAUAGAUCCAACUAUGAGAGUCUGGUGGCAUUGCUUACAACCCCUCCACUCUGAUCUCACUGUGAUAAGGUGUAUUUUCUUCUCAUUGUAGUUGCAUCAGGCUUCGAAUUACCAUAAAGCGAAUGGCGUAAAGUGUGCAUUAAAUAGCUAACAUAUACGUUGUUUCCAAAUCUGCCAUAGAGAAGUUUCGUUGCUGCAAUUUUAUUUGUUAUGUUUUUACUCACAUUAUAGUGACAUCAACCUUGAUGCUUAAAGGAGAGCUACGAACACAGUUGGAUGUUUACAAGGCCAACCUACACCACGUGCAAUUUCGAAGCCAUGUUGGUUUUCUUUACCCUUCUCAGUCUACGGUUGGUAGAGCUACUUUGUAUCGGUCUAGUCGCAUAAUAAUCGACACAAAAAGAACAAGAUGAUCAUAGAACGAGGGUUCUGUAUUUGUUAUAACUAAAUUCUGUUCAUGCGAUGUCUUAAUUUGAGCGCCACAUGUUGGGCAAGCAUCAGGGAGAAUUGAUCAAUAAUUUGUUAUUGCCACUCUUAUCGGAAUGUCUUUGUUGCCUUUUUUCAUUACCUACGAUCAUGAAUACACAAAUGUUUGCUGAAAUAGCCGCCAUUGAUAGCACCCGAGUCCGUUACGUUAACGUUAAACGAACCAUGUAUUGAUAUUAUUUUCUUUCGGCAUAGGAACGAGGAUAUAUUUUUCCACUCGCUAAUUUUUACGUUUGUAACGAUCAAUGAAACUGCUUGCGAAUACGAUCUCCAAAUAUAGCGAUAACGAAUUGAUAACAAAUGAGGAUAAAGUUGGAAAGGGUUUUUUCGAUGAAAACUUUUUGUUUCAUUAAUUCGUUUGAAAGUAGAACCAUUAGCCUGAAAUGAGAGCAACAUGAAAUGUAUUACCUGGUCGAAAUUGUAAACUGCAAACAUCGGUUGUUAUACGGUAGCGUUCAGAACAGGCCAGUGAAGAUGAUUAGGACAUUCUGAAUCGUGCCAUCUUUUGCAAAAGUGCACGAUUCCGUGCAGUAAUAUCAGGACGAUCGCUUAAGUUAAGCGAAUGUAGCAAAAAAAAACUUUUGCAAAGAAUUUUGUAAGAAAACAUCAAUAAAUCUACAAAUAUUUUUCUUCCAUAAUGCCAUCGUUUAUUGUGCGCUUUUUAUGUGUAUCGAAAUGUGUGCGUAAAGCUAUUCUUUAUAAAGCUAGGUCCGCAGUUAGAGCGGGUUUCGGUUAGCUUCAGAAGACCUGCGCGGCAUGCAACAGAUAUGGGCAGCGGUUAAUCGUAGAGUCGAUCGUUGUGUGAUUUAAUAUGUGAUUAUCUUGUGCCAAAACGUGUAUUCAAAUAAAUCGUAAGCUUGGGGAGUUUGCAUACAACAUAUGGAAGUAGUAUCCUAGGCUAUAUGUAAUAAUGCGCGUUAUCCCAUUGCUGCUGCUGCAUUCAUGGACAAUGCAUGGCUGAGCAGUGCAUUUCGAUGUAGAGUGUAUUCGACCAAAAUCUCCAUGUUC